AAUGGCUUCUUAUGUAGCUAAUUCCGUCUUGAAUGAUACAAUGAGAUAAUUCAAAUCUAAUCAAAAUGAUUCAAAAUAAAAAAUAGAUUGGGAUGAUUUCAACUACCCACCCUUGAUAAAAGUGAUACAUUACAAUAUUGAAGAAGUUUAGCCAGAAUAUAGAUUAGUGGUAAGAUCAUUAUGGUUGUCAAGCAUACUCAUUUUCGUUUACACUCUCUUAAAUAUCAUUAAUAACAGUAUUUAAGCUGGAAAUGGACUUGAUGGAAUACGCAUUUUAUAUAGUUUUAUGUUCUUGUUUUCUUUCAAUCCAAUUUAAUUGUAAAAUAUUCUGCAUAGUUAGAGUUUUAUUUUUUAUCGAGGAUAUAAGGGUGUAGUAUCGGAUCCAUAUUUGUUAGUAUUGUAUAAAUGGGUUUAAAUUAUAUUGAUACUAUGUUGGAUAACAUUUUCUAUUGUUGCUAUUCUAGGAUUUAAUGGAUUCAUCAUAUUGCCAUACCUUUUUGAUUUGUAAAUUUAUUAUUAUUAUUAUUUGUUAGUCUCCCCUUUUGUGGUGUUUUAGCCUUAUUUGAAGAUAUUAUCUUCUUACUAAUUGUAUUUUUAAGUGGAUUUGCUUUAUUCCGUAUAUGGAAUAUAAAAGAAUGA